GUAAUCUUGAUGACUUUGUUGAUGAGAUGACUUCUUUAGAACGCGAAGCACAUGAGAUCAACAAAAAGCUUCGAUUGCUUCAUCGUCAUAUUCCUCCUACUUUUUCUAAAUUAUUAGCACAUAGAGUAGUUGUGCGUAAUGGCGUUUUAGAAAAUUUAUAUUGA